UCCGUUCGAGCGUUUCGUAAUUAAUGGACGCCCCUUUGAAGCUCGUUCUGUCAUAUUCUUCAGUUCAACAACAAACCUCAUCGUUUCCUCGCAUCUUUCGUGCUGAUUGUGUUGUGUCUUGUAAUCUCAAUUAUAUUGUGAAGGUGCCCAAGCGAGGAUGACUUCACUAGCAUUGUCCAAACUGUCGGCGAAGCUGCUUGCCAGGAAACCCUUUCUCCAGAGCUUGAACCUGUCCGCUCGGCAUUUGAACCUGCUGGAAUACCAAAGCAAGAAGCUGCUGGCCGAGAGUGGAGUGGCGAUACAGGCCUUCCGAGUGCUCGAAGGCAAGAAGGACGAAAGCGUUCUCCAAGAUUUCAAUGUAAACGAGUAUGUCGUCAAAGCACAAAUUCUCGCUGGCGGCCGGGGCAAAGGUCAUUUUGAUAACGGCUUCAAAGGAGGCGUCCAUAUCACUAAGGACCGCUCCCAAGUGAUUCCGUUGGUGGAGAAAAUGGUCGGCCACCGGUUGAUCACCAAGCAGACCCCCAAGGACGGUAUCAUGGUCAAGAAGGUGAUGGUGGCGGACAGCAUCAACAUUGUCCGCGAAACGUAUCUCUCGAUCGUGAUGGACCGGGAGCACAAUGGCCCGGUGCUGAUCGCGUCACCCGCUGGUGGCAUGGACAUCGAAGCCGUUGCCGAAGAAACGCCCGAUAAAAUCAAAACCAUUCCGGUGUCGGUUGUGGACGGAAUCACGCACGCCCAGGCGGAAGAAGUGGCCCGGUUUCUCGAGUUCAAAGGCGAGCUAGUGCAGAAAGCAGCCGCGGAAAUAGAAAAGCUUUAUCAUCUGUUCGUCAAGGUAGACGCCACCCAGAUCGAAAUCAAUCCCCUAGCGGAAACGGACGAUGGCCGAGUGAUCUCCGUGGAUGCCAAGUUGAACUUUGACGACAAUGCUCAGUUCCGACAGAAGGACAUCUUUGCGAUGGACGUUCACGAGGAUACCGAUCCGAAGGAGAUCGAAGCACACAAGUACAAUCUGAACUACAUCGCAAUGGAGGGUAAUAUUGGAUGCUUGGUGAACGGCGCCGGUUUGGCCAUGGCCACCAUGGACAUUAUCAAACUGAACGGUGGAAGCCCAGCCAACUUCCUGGACGUGGGCGGCAACGUGAAGGAGGAACAGGUGCUCAAAGCUUUCCAGAUUCUCACAUCGGAUCCGAACGUGAAGGCCAUCCUGGUGAACGUGUUCGGAGGAAUCGUCAAUUGUGCCACCAUUGCCAACGGAAUCGUUAAUGCUACCAAAACCAUUGGACUGAAAGUGCCACUGGUGGUGAGGCUCGAAGGCACGAAUGUGGAUGCCGCCAAGAAGAUACUGAAGGAAUCCGGACUGAAGAUCGAAUCGGCUCACGAUCUCGAUGAAGCUGCCAAGAAGGCGGUCAAGGUGCUGGGUUGAACAUUGCAUUUGCGGCUUACGUCUGUUGUCCGCCAUGUCGUUCAUUCCCUAGAAUCCUAGAUAGUUUAUUGUGGUUGACGGUAAGUUCAGAUUUUUUAUAUUAAUAGAUACGUACAGUGUUACACAUCUCUGGAGUUCGAAUCCAGCGGUACAAGAACAUCAACAAAAACACCUCAAUAUCAAUGCAUUUUAGCAAAAAAAAAAAAAAA